UUGCGCAUGACUGUAUGGCUGAAUAUGAAGUAGAAGCCUCCUGUUUUUCUCCGAGCUAGAGUCCAACCCCCCCCGAAUCAACCUCUGAAAAACAAAAACGCGGAGCCAUUAAAUGUAAAAUUGGGGCAGGGUGAAGUGAUGGCCAUGUUGGGCCCCAUCCAGAGAUGAUAGCGGUGACCUCGGAUUCACCUUUAACCCCUGAUCCCCACCACAACCCCUGAGAACGAGCUGAAACUGAUCACACACAGGCUGCAGUGGGGUCCUCUUCCAAAUGACUACCUCACGCCUAAAGACUGUUUCACUGCAGCCACAGUCCUGAACAACAGCCAGUCAUGACAUCAAGCAUAGGGGAUGAUUCUAGCGUCUUCGAUGGGUUGAUGGAAGAAGAUGAGAAGGACAGAGCAAAACGCGUGUCCCGUAACAAAUCAGAGAAGAAGAGACGAGACCAGUUCAACGUCCUGAUCAAGGAGCUGGGGACCAUGUUGCCUGGCGUCACACGCAAGAUGGACAAGUCCACCAUCCUGCAGAAGAGCAUCGACUUCCUGUGUAAACACAACGAGAUCGCUGCUCAGUCUGAGUCCAGUGAGAUCAGACAGGACUGGAAACCUCCGUUCCUUAGCAACGAGGAGUUCACCCAGCUCAUGCUGGAGGCUCUGGAUGGGUUCUUCAUAGCAAUAAUGACAGACGGGAACAUCAUCUAUGUCUCUGAGAGUGUUACCUCCUUACUGGAACACCUGCCGUCGGACCUGCAGGACCAGAACCUGUUAAACUUCCUCCCUCUGAACGAACACUCUGAGGUGUACAAGGCCCUCUCCACACACCCCUCCGACUCCGAGAGCCUUGGACCAGAGUACCUCAAGACCAAGAACCAGCUGGAGUUUUGUUGCCAUGUGUUGAGAGGAACCAUCGACCCUAAAGAACCUCCCGUCUACGAACACGUCAAAUUCAUCGGCAACUUCAAGUCGCUGAACGACGUCCCCAACACCACCAGGAAUGGUUUAGCAGGAGUGUUACAGAGAUCCCUACAACCUGCCUUUGAUGACCUGGUCUGCUUCGUAGCCACGGUCAGGCUGGCUAAACCACAGUUCAUCAAGGAGAUGUGUACAGUGGCAGAGCCCAAUGAAGAGUUCACCUCCCGACACAGCCUAGAGUGGAAGUUCUUAUUCCUAGACCACAGGGCUCCACCAAUCAUAGGCUACCUUCCAUUUGAGGUUCUGGGGACGUCGGGGUACGACUACUAUCAUGUAGACGACCUGGAGACACUGGCCAAGUGUCACGAACACUUGAUGCAGUAUGGGAAAGGGAAGUCAUGUUACUACAGAUUCCUGACCAAGGGUCAACAGUGGAUCUGGCUCCAGACUCAUUACUACAUCACCUAUCACCAGUGGAACUCCAGGCCUGAGUUCAUCGUCUGCACACACACCGUCGUCAGCUAUGCGGAGGUGAGAGCAGAGCAGCGUAGAGAGCUGGGUAUCAUUGAAGAGCCCCCCCCUGAGGUAACUGUGGACAAGCAGAGUCAAGACAGUGGAUCUGAGUCUCAGCUCAACACGGUCUCCAGCCUAAAAGAUGCUCUGGAACGCUUUGAUCGUAGCCGGACCCCCUCUUCCACCUCCCUAUCCUCACACAAGACCUCCUCACACAUCUCAGACAACACCUGUACCUCAACAGCUUCCAAGCUCCACAUGGACAUGGCCACGCCCCCUCGUCCGUCACAUGCUGCCUCCACCAUCGAGAUGACAUCACAGAGACGCUCCUCCAUCAGCAGCCAGUCUAUGAGUUCUCAGACCACGGGACACAGUGUGGCUCCCGUCCAUCCUGUGAUACAACCACAACAUCACCAACAACCAAAGCAACACCAACAACAACAACAACAACUACAGCCAAACGUCCAGCCGGUGCUAGAGUUGUCAGCCCAGGUGAAUGCUAUGCAGCACUUAAAGGACCAGCUAGAACAGAGAACCAGGAUGAUUCAGGCCAACAUCCAGAGACAGCAGGAUGAACUCAGAGCCAUACAGGACCAACUACACAGAGUACAGCCCCCAGGCAUACAGAUGUUCGUGCAGCAGCCUGGCGGAGCGUUGAACGUCCAGCUGCCUCAGGUGGGGGUGGUGCCACAGGGAGCAGUUCUGACCAAUCAGGUGCAGCAGACUGUCCUAAACCCAGCCCAUACAGGAAGUCAGCUCACCUUCCAGCAGCAGCAGGCCCCUCCCCCUCAACAGAACCUCCAACUGCAGCAAAACAACGCUCUCGCUCAGGUAUUCAGCCAAGCAGUGGUCCAGCAGCGUCAACAGCAGCAGCAACAACAACAACAGCAGCAACAGCAGCAGCAGCCUCUCUAUAACAUGAUAAUGUCCCAGCCUGCCCAGCCCAACCUACUACAGAUCAGUACCAGUCUACCACAGACCAACACACAACAGGGGACUGCUGUGGCCACCUUCACACAGGACAACACUCAGAUACAGUUUCCGGCGGGCCAGCAGUUGGUGACUAAGUUAGUGACAGCUCCCAUGGCAUGUGGAGCGGUAAUGGUGCCGACCUCUAUGUUCAUGGGACAACCGGUCAUCGCUUACAACCCAUUCGGAGGGCAGCAGGGUGGUCAGACUCUGACCCUCCAGACAGCUCAGCCUCAACAGAACCAGCCUGACAGCCAGACACAGGCGGCUGUAGUGGCGCAGAGUCACCAACAGGGGGCGCAGCAGCAGUUCUUACAGGGCGCCCGUCUUCUCCACGGCAACCAGCAGCUGAUCCUCCAGGCAGCAUUCCCCAUGCAACAACAGCAACAGGCCUUCACCCAGGUAACCCAACAGCAACAGUCUCACAGCCAGAGGCAUCAGCUGCAGCUGAAACCCCAGCCACAGAAACAACCCAAAGGCCCGCCUUCGCACCGGACUGACAGCUCCAGCAGCCAAGCACAGUAGGCCUGGGUGACCCACGCGUCCAAUCAGACGCUAUGACCUGAGGGCUGAACCAAUCGGAGGUGUGGAGGGGUGUCCUGGAUUGUAGUUCUUCAGGAGGAGGUUUGGCCACGCCUGGAUUACACCUUUCUAAGGAACUCCUCAUCGCCAUGGUGACAAUAGUACGGACCGGAACCAUCAGAUCCCUGUAUCCAUAGCAACCAGGAGGAGUGUUGUUGUUUGUGCGAUGGAGGAGAGACAAACACAGUGUCCGUGGAAACCAAGUAGAACUCUGCAUUGCCACGGUAACGAGAGACUCCAAAAGGAAUGUUGUGUUAAUGGACAGUACAGACUUGUAUAACAUAAAAAGAAAACAUGUAAAUAUCCAUUAUAGCUACAAGGAAAAAAACUGAAAUUAAUAUUUUAUAUGAUUGCAUGGAGAAAUAACUGUGUACGCUUUUAUUAGGAGCUUUUGACAAAAAUGACUUUUGACUUUAUUCAGUGUUUUCCUGGUCAGAUAUGGGGUGAGAGAUGUUCUGCUAGUAUGAAGAGCGCUUCUCUCUCUCUCCCUGUCUCUCUUCCACCUAAAGGUCUUCGGCCCUGUUCCAACACUUUGAACAUGCAUCCAUCCUUCCUUCUUUCCUCCCUUCCUGUCUUGAGGUUAUCAAGGUAAUCCAGUUAAGGGUGUAUUUUAUAAGUGUUGGAACAUGGCCCCGGACAGAGAUUUUUUGGUUUAAUGGACGGGCUUGGGUUGUAGUGGAAUGCUGGGAAAUGUAGUUUUUAAACACUUCCUGUCUCAGAGACAGACAGUGGCUCAACAUUUUAAAAAGUUUUAUCAGAACAACAACCACGUCUGAUCCAAUCAAAUCAUGACGACCAAACAGACAGACAGGUAAAUACAGUUUAAACCAGACCAGAGGUGGGAAAUAUUACUUAGCCUGAUCCCAGAUCGCUUUGGUCCUAUAUUUGGUCCUGUGUUGGCUCAGUGGUGGGUUUGAUUCCCGCUUGGGGCCAACCAUACGUAAAAUGAAUGCACGUAUGACUGACUGUAAGUCGCUUUGGAGAAAAAAAAGCAUCUGCUAAAUGGCAUAUGUUAAUUGUGUUAACUUGACAAUACAACACAUAGAUCCGGGACCAGGCUAGGCGAUCUUGACUUUAAUCAGGCUAAUGAAUUGAAUCUGCCGUGUUACUGAGCGAGAGCUGACAGACUCCUGCAGCGUAAGGCUGUGCGUCACAAACGACACCCUAUUUUCUUUAUAUCACACUCCAUGGGUCCACAGGGAUCUGGUCUAAAGUAGUGCACUAUAUAGGGAAUAGGGUGCCAUUCUCUGGUCUAAAGUAGUGCACUAUAUAGGGA